UUUCGUUUCAUCUCAAACGGACAAACCGUGGUAAAUAUGAAGGUCUUGGUUGGAAUUUUGUUGCUCGCUGCGGUGGCGGCCGCCCGCCUGGUCUCUGAGGACCUGACUGCCUUCAACUACCACGAGAAGAUUGGUUUCGCCAAAGCCGCUAGCAUCCUCGCGGCCGAGCAGAGCAUCUCCACCAGGAUUGUCGGAGGAAGCGCCGCCAAGCCCGGAGACUUCAAGUACCAGGCUGGUCUGGUCAUCAGCAUCGGGCAGGCGCGUUCCGUAUGCGGAGGAGUCUUGCUGUCCGCCACUCGCGUUCUGACCGCGGCCCACUGCUGGUUCGACGGCCGCAACCAGGCCCAGGCCUUCGAGGUGGUGCUCGGCUCCACCCUGCUCUUCACCGGGGGCCAGCGCGUGCACACCACCGACGUGCAGACCCACGAGAACUGGAACCCCAUCUUUGUUCGCAAUGACGUCGCCAUCGCCCGUAUUAGCGCAGUCACCCUGGACGACAACGUGCAGCCCAUUGCUCUGCCCGUAGGCUUGACCGACAACAACUUCGUGGGCUACAAGGCUGUUGCCUCUGGUUUCGGAAGGACCAAGGACGGUGCCGGUAUUGAGCCCACCCAGUUCCUCAGCUACGCGUGGCUGGAGGUGAUCGCCAACGACGUCUGCAGACGCAGCUUCCCCAUCAACGUGUUCUCCUCCACCAUCUGCAUCAGCGGGGUUAACGCCACCAGCACCUGCAACGGAGACUCCGGCGGUCCCCUCGCCGUCGAGAUCGACAACAAGCGUGUCUUGAUCGGCAUCACCUCAUUCGGCUCAGCUCAGGGCUGCGAAAACGACUCCCCCGCCGCCUUCGCACGCAUCACCUCCUUCCUGCCUUGGAUCCAAGCUCGCCUGUAAUUUAUACCAAUGUGAUAUGUUAUCUAAUAAUAAAGAACAGUAUUUAUUAAACACAA